AUGGAUGAAAGUAUUUUGAUAGGGACUAAAGUAAAAUAUUUAGAAACAUUAGUGAUUAGAUUGGGAAUACUAAUAGUGCAAGGGCCAAUUGAGGCCAGGCCUCCCGUUCAAAUUUUAUAUUUCUUUUUUCUUUUUUCUUACAGCCGUCGCUCAACAUCCCUACCCACCGCCGCCGCCGCCGAUAACCAACACUCCCAAUUCCCAAACCUCCUUCGAAUCGAUCGUCGUUGUUCCAUAUCCCAUAACCAUCAAAUUGUCAUCCGAUACGAAAAUUUCCAAUCAAAUCCAUCUUUUGUCAAACGGACUUAUUUGCAGAUUGAAUUUGAAUCAUCAAAGCAAAUGGCGUUAACAAACUUGAUAUUGACGGUGGCAGGAGUCAGUGCUGUGAUUUUAUUGAUGAGGAGCGAUGUAAAACAAUCUGCUUCUAUUUUCAAACGCAACGUUCGGCAAAUUCGCCACUGGCUCGAAGAAGAAUCCGCUUCUGCAGCUAAGGAAAUGGAGAAGGCAAAACCCAAGGAAUUACCUAAGAAAGAUACCCCCAAGGGUGAUUAGAGAUGAAUGAUAUCAAAUGAUGGUAUUGGUAUUAAGAAAGUAUGACCCACCUAAUAAAAUUAGAAUGAUUUUCUUGUAUUAAGAAGGUUUUUUAGCUCAAUUUGUGGAAGUGAAGCAUUUUAAUCCCAAUUUCAUUUCUUGAAGGUUA